AUGGACGAGAUCUCCGGCGGCGCCUUCCUCCGCGCAGGCGACGGCGAGGUGGAUUUGGCCGCAUUGGCGUCCGAGGAGUUCCCCGAGCUGCCCUGGCUGAAAGCCAAGGGGUACUACGUGAUCGAGGAGUUCGUCGCCAACUGGGUCGAGAUCGCGCUGCGGAUGUCGUGGGCGGCGGCCGCGGCCGGGGGAGGCGCCGGCGGUGGGAAGAAGGCGGUGAGGGUUGGGAGGUGCGUCAAGGAGAAGGCCGGGCUGGCGUCGACGGCCUUCUGGAGGGAGAAGGGGUAUGUGGACUGGUGGAUGCGGCUGGAGCCCCGGGUCAGAGCAAGGAUCACUGGGGCCUUCUUCGGGAAGAGUGCAAAGGCGCUGUCCGCUGACACGGUGUACAUGAACAAUCAGCUCUUUGCCACCCCAUACCUUCUUGUUUUACACAUUGCUAAUGUUGGGAAGAGGAUCACUAAAGUUGGUGUCAUUGACAGUUUGUAUGGAAGUACACGGCAGUCAUUUUUCAGAAAGAAUCAACCUGGUUGCGGCGAUGUUGCAAGCAUUCUGUCUUGUAAAAAGAAGCCUGCUUUUGCUAAAGAAUUAAAAAGAUUGCUAGUGCUUCAGGAGAUAGUGUGUUUAAAGAGCAAUAUUACUUUCUGUGGCGGUGAUGCAAUCUUUCUCACUUCAUUAAUGUCAGCUGGCACUGUUGCUGACAAUAUACUCAUGAGAUUACGAAGACUUCUCAUGGUGGUGUCGACGGAAAGUAUAAAUUUGGAGCUCAUUGGGGAUGGAGCAUCAAAUAAUCCAAAAAAGAAUGUUGAAAAGACAAGUGUAGGUUCUCGAAAAGGAAAGAAGAAGUCUAGUAGCUCGAAAAAGCUAGCAGCGUCUUCCAAGUCGUCCAAGGACAAUGGAUGCAGUAGCACAGAAACCCGAAAUUCUAGGAUUGUGUCAAAGUCAAGCCAGCAGACUCCAUCUGUUCGAUGCACUAUUAUUGGACCCGCUUCUGAAGGAACUCCUUGCAAAGAAAUUGCACCAAUACCAAAGGCGGAGCAAGCUAUCAGGUCGGCGGAUUGCAAUAAUCAGUGUAACAAAAAGAAAAACAAACGUAAAGGGAAGGCAAAACUCUCUGAUCUUAUAAGAGCUGAGAACCCUGGACCUGGCAAACUGAAGACAGCUGUUGCUCAUGUUGCUACAGAAGCCUUGCAUAAAUCUGCCGAAGCAGUAGAUGCCCCACUGCGUGUCCCAUCUCAUGUGAAUACAUCCAGCAAUGACAUCCCUGAAGCAGUGGGUUGUUCUGAGUCUUCAAGUAUCUUUGAUGGAACUGAAGAAAAAGGCAUCAAAAGCAGCAGAAAACUGGAAGAUACCUUAUGUUCUAUGGUUAUCUCAUCAGUAACCACAGAGAGUUGUCAGAGUGCACAAAAACCUUCCAACUUUAGUGUGAAUGAGCAGAGCCCAUCACACACUAGUCUAAAUGAAUCCAUGGUCCAACCAUCUUUAUGUUCACCUUCCAGUAGUGAUAAUGUUUUAUCUGGUAAUCCAUGUAGAAACUCUGCUGACUCCUUGGUAAGAUCUGCACAGGAUAAGACUGGCUGUGAUAUAACACAGGGAGCUUUGCAUGGACUUGCUCCUGGUGUUGCAGUGAAGAAUGGUGUAGAUGAAUAUUAUGCAUUCAACCGGAACCUACUGGGAGGAACGUCAUAUGAGUGGCCUAGUGUAGCACCCCAUUUUGUAUCACCUGAAAUGCAACAGCGCCCUGCUGCAGCAGACAGGUUGCAUCUUGACGUUGGUUACAGAUGGCCUACUCAAUUUAACCAACCUUUCAUUCCUGCCAACCAUCAGGUGAGAAGCUCACCAGUUGAAGCUGGAUGCAAUCAAAUGUUAUCUUCUCUGUCAGUGCCCUUAAGUUUUGAUUGGCCUCCUGUUUUCAGAGGUUAUGGUAAAUUGACUCAAAAUGCUGCUUUAAGUUAUGAUCCAGUAUUUGCCCCACAUAUGCAGUCUUCUGCUUGGCCUGGGUUUCCUGCUCAACUAAUUCAGAGAGGUGGCAUUUGCAGUGAAAAAGAUAGGAAAUAUUUUAGCGAUAGUGACCCAAGAAACACAUCAGAUGUUGGGGAUGAUACUGAAAGCUAUUGGUUUUCUGAAGAAGAAUCAGAUGGCCGCGCAACUUCUGGAAGAGAUAUUAAUCAAUAUUUUGGCGGAGGCGUGAUGUAUUGGAGUCCUGCAGAACAUGCUGGAACGGGCUUUUCUAGGCCACCAUCUCUUAGUUCAGAUGACAGUGCUUGGGCAUGGCAUGAGGCAGAUGUUAGUCGAGUUGUCGAUGAUCUGGCUAUUGGGAUUCCAUCAUCAACAUAUAAUCCAACUGGUCCAUCGUCACCACCAUCCAGCCCAAGCCCAUUCUGUUCCCAGAAUGAACCUUCUGAUCCUUCUCCUCAGCCUGCUUGUCACUCAGUGGCAGGGAAUGACAUCAAUAAUGAAGCUUCACAUUCUCCAUCUUCCAUGCAAGACAGUCCUGAAGAUAAGAGUACUUCGGUUGUAAAGAGUCCAUCUUGUGCCAGUGAAAUAGUAAAGGGAGAUACAUUACCAUAUGCAAUGCUGCGGCCAAUAGUUGUUUCUAAUAUAUCACGAAGGCUAUCAAGAUCUGACUUUAGGGGUGGUCAUGAUCGCAGGAGCCCAUGUGUGUCUUCGACCAGGAGGGAUAUACCUCUUGUAAGAAGACCUCCAUCACCAGUAUUACUUAGUGUUCCUCGCAUGCCUCGGCCACCUCCUCCUUCUCCUGUUGGAGAGUCAAGAAAACGUGGAUUCCCAAUUGUUAGAUCUGGCAGUUCAAGCCCGCGGCAUUGGGGGAUGAGAAGUUUGUUUUCUGAUGAUAAAAUUUUCAAUAGGGCUCAGUUUUGCUUGGAUGGCCCUGAAGUCGUAUGGCCUUCAUGGGUGAAUAAAGGCACCUCUACUGGUACACUGGUACAAUCAAUUGAGGAUACUGUCUUGCAGGACCACCUUGUUAAGAUUUCACAGCUUUCACGUGAUCAACAUCCAGAUGUUGCAGUUCCUCUGCAGCCACCUGAUAUGUUAAAUGGUUCACCUCACAAGGCGUCCCUUUCUUUGAUGCACAAUGCUCUACAUGAAGAAAUUGAUCAAUUCUUUUGUGCACGUGAAAUUCCUUCUUUGAUGGGUGUUGAUGCUAUUCAUUAUACUUGCAAGGUUGCUGCUGCAAAUCUGGUGACGAAGCCCUAUAUAAAUUGGGCUGUCAAAAGGGUCACACGGUGCCUGCAAGUCCUCUGGCCCCGCUCGCGUACAAAUCUAUUUGGCUCAAAUGCCACUGGUUUGGCCCUUCCAACUAGUGAUGUAGAUCUCGUGGUUUCUCUCCCCCCAGUCCGAAAUCUGGAACCUAUUAAAGAAGCUGGAAUUUUGGAAGGCCGCAAUGGCAUUAAGGAAACAUGCCUCCAGCAUGCGGCAAGGUGCCUUGGAAAUCAGGAUUGGGUUAGGAGUGAUUCCCUCAAAACGAUUGAAAACACAGCAAUACCUGUGAUCAUGCUUGUAGCCCAAGUACCUUGUGACAUAAAUAUGUCCAACGAGUACCCUUCUGUUCUGGAUAGCUCACAAGAAAUUUCAGUCAAUGUGCUUGGGGAGCAAGGGAGCCCUCCUCGUUCUGACAAUUCUAGUUCAGAAGGCAGCAACGCGCUUGCGGGCUCAAAAAUGAAUAAGGAUGAUUGUGAUGCUGUGCGGUCAAUACGUCUUGAUAUAAGUUUCAAAUCACCAUCCCACACAGGACUCCAGACUACUGAGUUGGUUGGUGAGCUGACUCAGCAAUUUCCUGCGGCUUUACCCCUUGCCUUAAUCAUGAAGAAGUUUUUGGCAGAUCGUAGUUUGGACCACCCAUAUUCGGGUGGUCUAAGCUCUUACUGUUUGGUGUUGUUAAUCACUCGUUUUCUUCAGCAUGAACAUCAUCUUGGUCGGCCUAUUAACCAAAAUCUAGGGAGCCUUUUGAUGGAUUUCCUGUAUUUUUUUGGGAAUGUGUUUGAUCCACGCCAUAUGCGUAUUUCCAUCCAAGGAAGUGGAAUUUAUUUGAACCGAGAAAGAGGGCACAGCAUUGAUCCAAUUCAUAUCGAUGACCCUCUUUGCCCUGCUAACAAUGUGGGCCGGAAUUGUUUCCGGAUCCACCAAUGCAUCAAGGCUUUUGCUGAUGCUUUUGCAGUUCUAGAGAACGAGCUACUGCAGUUCACUGCAGAAUCAAUGAAAAGAACCUGUGAGUCCACAAGCUACAGGAACUGUUGGGUUGGAAUGGCCUCUGCUUGUGUUCUAGACACCGAGUUACUACUGCAGCUGGUGGAAAAGAAGGUUUUCUAUUUAGUGCAGGCUUGUUCGAAGAUCCUUAACCUCGUGCCGGUGGUAUGUGCUGCCAAGGAUGCGGAAAUGGACUGGCCUAAUGAUGUGUGCUGCCAGACCUAUAAGUCAACAUCAGCUUGUGGAACAGGAAGUGGAGAAAUUCUACGAAGGAGGCUACUUGUGUUCGGAAACAGAGUAGGAAGCAACUCCUACUUGGAGCUGGUACAAGGCUUGAUGCUGGAAGUGGUGUCCGGUGUAGCAAAGCGAUUUUCAGAUCGUCGUUUCUCCGGGACAGCAAGAUUGUUCCUUGAACACACCAAGAGGGUAACUGCGAAGAUUACUGCCGUGAUCUCAAGUACCAGAUUCUUCGUUGCAGUUACUCGCCAAUGGGAUUGCCGAGUUACUCUUCAGAGACAGUCAGAGCAAUCUUUAGGGCAUGAGGAACAUGGUCAGCUAACGGCGUUGGCUCGUCUUAUAAAGGCAGACUUGUUUCCUGCAGCUGAUGAGAUUCAAGUUGCUGCUUUUGUAGCGAAGCACACUUCGGUUCCUGCUUUUGUAGCGAAGCAGAUUUAA